CCCACCUGGGAGCUGCCCUGGCCCCGCCCAGCACCAUGGCGCUGUGCCCAGGUGGACUCCUGGCAGAAGACAAAGUUCAACCUCAUGACCGUUCUAAGGGAGGCUUUCUGGUUGGUUCGGUGCCCAGCCCGGUCCUGGUGUAACGAGGGCUGUGUCCAGAGGAACCCAGCGCGCAGCGAGGCAGCCAUGGGGCUGCUGACAGGAGAAGCUCUGUGGGCCGUGGCCGUGGCCGUGGCCGUCUUCCUGCUCCUGGUGGACCUGAUGCACCGGCGCCAACGCUGGGCUGCUCGCUACCCACCAGGCCCUGUGCCACUGCCAGGGCUGGGCAACCUGCUGCACGUGGAUUUCCAGAACCUUCCGUACUGCUUCUACAAGCUGCAGCGGCGCUUCGGGGACGUGGUCGGCCUGCAGAUGGGCUGGACGCCCGUGGUGGUGGUCAGCGGGCCGGAGGCCAUGCGCGAGGCGCUGGUGCAGCACAGCGAGGACACCGCCGAUCGCCCGCCCAUACCAGCCUUGGAACAUCCGGGCUUCGGGCCCAGAUCUCAAGGCCUGCUAUUGGCGCGCUAUGGCAGCGCCUGGCGGGAACAGAGGCGCUUCUCCGUGUCCACCCUGCGCAACCUCGGCCUGGGCAAGAAGUCGCUGGAGCAGUGGGUGACCGAGGAGGCCGGCUGCCUCGGGGCGGCCUUCGCUGACCACGCCGGCCGCCCCUUCAGCCCCAAGGCCCUGCUCAACAAGGCUGUGUGCAACGUGAUCGCCUCCCUCAUCUAUGCCCGCCGCUUCGAGUACGACGACGCCGCCCUGGACAGCAUGCUGGACCUGCUGCACGACACUCUGAAGGAACCGUCUGGCCUCCUACCCAUGUUGGUGAACGCGGUCCCCGCGCUCCUGCACAUCCCAGGGCUGCCUGGGAAGGCCUUCCCUGCACAGAAGGCCUUCAUGGCCCUGCUGGACGAGCUGCUCACAGAGCACAGCAUGACCCGGGACCCCCAUGAGCCGCCCCGAGACCUGACCGACGCCUUCCUGGCUGAGGUGGAGAAGGCCAAGGGGAACCCCGAGAGCAGCUUCAAUGAGGACAACCUGCGCGUGGUGGUGGCUGACCUAUUCUUUGCCGGGAUGGUCACGACCUCGGUCACGCUGUCCUGGGCCCUGCUGCUCAUGAUCUUGCACCCGGAUGUGCAGGGCCGCGUGCAGCAGGAGAUCGACGAGGUCAUCGGGCAGGGGCGGCGGCCAGAGAUGGCGGACCAGGCCCACAUGCCCUUCACGAGCGCCGUGAUCCACGAGGUGCUGCGCUUUGCCAGCAUUAUCCCAUUGACUUUACCCCAUAUGACCUCCAGGGACAUUGAUGUUCGGGGCUUCCUCAUCCCCAAGGGCACCACGCUCCUCAUCAACCUGUCCUCGGUGCUGAAGGACGAGCGCGUCUGGGAGCAGCCCUUCCGCUUCCACCCCGAGCACUUCCUGGACGCCCAGGGCCGCUUUGUGAAGCCCGAGGCCUUCAUGCCCUUCGCAGCAGGCCGCCGCGCAUGCCCGGGGGAGCCGCUGGCGCGCAUGGAGCUCUUCCUCUUCUUCACCUGCCUCCUGCAGCGCUUCAGCUUCUCGGUGCCGGCCGGCCAGCCCCGGCCCAGCACCAUCGGGGUCCAUGAAACUGUCAUGAUGCCGGCCGCCUACCAGCUGUGUGCUGUGCCUCGCUAGAGGGGGUACCACGUCCCCACUCCCACCCCAGUGUUGGGGUGAUACCAACAUGGCAUUUGCUCACUGUAAACAGAACCCCCCUUGCAGCUUCCCAGCACCCCCCCACCUUUCUGAACCCCCCCACCCCGCUGAGGGAAGGAUCGCUGUGUUGAACACCAUCGAACACCAGCCCCUUCUGCCAAGACACAAGUCUUUCUGCCCAAGCCAGUGGCUUAGCCAUCCAGUGGUUCCAGGCCCAAGGUGGGGAUGUCAGUGUGGAGGGCAGAGGGGGAGGGUAGAGAACCUCUGGAGACCCCAGUGCAGCCCCAUCCCCACCCCACCCCACCCCGUGGCCAAGACCAAC